AUGGCUCCUCGAAUCACUCUCACACCUAUUGACGCAGAGACCGAGCUUCAGCACGGCAUGCCCUUUGUCGUCAAGUGGAGGAACCCUGCGACCAACAAAUUGGACUUGUGGAUUGGAAUCCAUGUCCCGGCGGACCUUGCAGUUGGUAUUUCGAAGCUGAAGGGCACCGCUGCAGUUGCAUCUGAGGAGGCCCUCAAAUACGUGAUCUAUCUUCCCGGUCGCAAUACUUUCCGCUGGAUCGAUAUCAAGUCUCUCUAUCCGCUAUCAGAGUAUUCCCCAGAGGAAUACGAGCAGGCUGGUCGUGAGUAUGCGGGGGUUUACAAAAGACUUCAUUUGACCGCACAGCAGACGGACGAUAUCCGCUUCUGGAGCAGAAUUGCCAAAAAGGAACGCAACCACAAGGAUCGUAAUGACAGGGUCCCAUCGAUUGAUUUUGCUCCAGCUGAAGCCAGCGCACAGGAAUCUGAAGCCGGCAUUGAACUGGAAGAUGAUGGGGAGGACAUGAGCGAGGCUGAGGGAGAUCUUGAGGGUGUAGCAUCUGUUUACUCUGGUCAGGUGGAUUCAAUCAAACGCCCACAUAGAGAAGGCUCCGUAUCCACUCCCCACAAGAAAGCAAAGACAGGCGCGUCGGUUGGCCAGCACCGUCAUCAACAGCAACCCGAUAGCGAAGAGGUUGUCGAUAUUUACAUCGGGAAUGGAACCAACCAGAAGGUCUUUCAUCUAACUCGAAACAAGAUCAUGAAAUCGACCUUCCUGAAUGAUUGUGUUCAGGGCAAACCCCCAUACAUCAUGCAUCCAUACCUUCAACAGAUGACUCCAGCAGAGUUCAAGCCUGUUCAUGCCUUGCUUUCUGGCGAUGCUGGUCUGGACUCAGAUCUCGUUUCUGUUUGCGGAGACGGUGGUGACAAUGACGAGCGGAAAGAAAUCAUAGGAGAUGUCAAUAAAGUGGGCAAGAAUUGGAUGCUGAAGGAUAUCCAUUCCAUCGAGGACUUGAAGGCCCUCAUUCUCGGACUUGAAUCUACCUACGCUCAGGCUUUCUUGUUCGGUCUUGCUGAGAUGGCCGACAAUGUCCUUACCAAGGUCCAAGUAGCAUGGAACCUCUACGGUCGAGUUGAGCAUCUAUCUCUUUUCCUCAAUUUCAUUGAGAAUGUCAUGCCAAAUAUCAUUCCUCAGGUUUCCGCACGCGGAGGUGCUCCCGAUGCAUAUCAUGGUGGCCAGUCCUCCUAUGGCCUUGGUACAAAGCAUUCGUGGAUCAUCAAAUACCUUGCCGAAACCUUUGUCCUUUAUACCACCGAGGACCCCCAGCGUUUCUGGUGUCUUGUGGAUAAGUACCCUAGCUUGCGGGCUGCGAUUUUCAAGCAUCGGGCUGCCCUCGACGAUGCGAAACUCCUCGUUCUCGAGAAUGAGUUCAGGCAGCGGGAGCCACUAGCUGAGGCUAGUUUCGCCACCCCAGUAACAAUGGAGGGUAGCGUUGAACAGGAGGCAACUACGAAGGAAGAAGGGGCAGAACAGAUGGCAGAUGCAGGUACUGAGUGA